ACCGAUCCCGACCAGGAAAGAUCUGACGUUUUCUUUUACUCUCCAACUGUUUCCUUGAAUUCUUGCAUCGAAAGACCUCUCGCGGGGGAGAAGAAAAGGAAGAGAAAGGCCGUCUUUUUGGGGGAAGGGAGAAAAUGGGAAGCAGCCCGAAGGGAAGAACGACCCUCGAUGUGGGAGCUGAUGGGGUGGCUGUCAUCACCAUCAUCAACCCUCCUGUCAACUCUCUCUCUCUCGAUGUUUUGAACAGCUUAAAGCAGAGUUAUGAUGAGGCCUUGCGAAGAAAUGAUGUUAAAGCAAUUGUCGUUACUGGUGCAAAUGGCAAGUUCUCUGGUGGCUUUGACAUUACAGCCUUUGGUGGAAUUCAAACUGGCAAGGAGGAGCAACCAAAGCCUGGUUUCAUAGCAGUCGAAAUACUCACCAAGACUGUUGAAGCUGCUAGAAAGCCUUCAGUUGCUGCCAUUGAUGGCCUGGCCUUGGGUGGAGGUUUAGAAGUUGCUAUGGCAUGCCAUGCAAGAAUUUGCACUUCUGUUGCACAAUUAGGCCUUCCUGAACUGCAGCUUGGGGUUCUUCCUGGAUUUGGAGGAACACAGCGGCUUCCGCGUCUUGUUGGUCUAUCCAAAUCUCUUCAAAUGAUGCUGACCUCAAAGCCAGUAAAAGGGGAGGAAGCAUUGGGCUUGGGUCUCGUGGAUGCUGUUGUUUCACCAAAUGAGUUGGUUGCCACCGCGCGGCGGUGGGCACUGGAUAUCUUGGAAGGUAGAAGACCAUGGGUUGCCAGUCUUUACAAGACCGACAAGUUAGAGCCUCUUGGAGAGGCCAGAGAGAUUUUUAAGUUUGCAAGAGCUCAAACAAAAAAACAAGCUCCUAAUCUUACUCAUCCGUUGGUUUGCAUCGACGUUGUUGAAGAGGGUGUAGUCUCUGGUCCGCUUGCUGGACUUUGGAAGGAAGCUGAAGCUUUUCAAGAACUUCUACAUGCUGACACAUGCAAGAGCUUGGUUCAUAUUUUUUUUGCUCAACGUGGAACUUCAAAGGUUCCAGGCAUUACUGACAGAGGCUUGAUGCCUAGGCAAGUGAGGAAUGUUGCUGUUGUUGGUGGAGGAUUGAUGGGCUCAGGAAUAGCGACAGCAUUGGUACUCAGCAAUUAUUCCGUGAUACUUAAAGAAGUGAAUGAUAAAUUUUUGCAGGCUGGCAUAGGCAGAGUGAAAGCUAAUCUGCAGAGCCGUGUGAAGAAAGGCAACAUGACGCAAGAGAAGUUUGAAAAAACAAUGUCUCUUCUUAAGGGUGUGCUAGACUAUGAGAGCUUCACAGAUGUGGACAUGGUUAUCGAGGCUGUGAUAGAGAAUGUUUCGCUAAAGCAACAAAUUUUUGCGGAUCUUGAGCGAAGUUGCCCACCUCAUUGCAUUCUUGCGACUAAUACUUCCACAAUUGACUUGAACCUCGUUGGUGAGAAGACCAGGUCGCAGGACAGGAUUAUUGGUGCUCAUUUCUUUAGUCCUGCCCAUAUCAUGCCCUUACUAGAAAUUGUACGUACUCAGCAUACAUCUCCCCAGGCUAUCGUUGACCUUUUAGAUGUUGGGAAGAAGAUAAAGAAGACCCCAGUCGUGGUUGGGAAUUGCACGGGCUUUGCUGUAAACAGGAUGUUCUUCCCUUAUACAAUGGCAGCUAUGCUGCUUGUCGAGCACGGGGCUGAUCUCUAUCAGAUUGACAAAGUAAUUACCAAAUUUGGGAUGCCAAUGGGUCCAUUCAGAUUGGCUGACCUUGUCGGGUUUGGCGUGGCUAUUGCAACUGGCACACAAUUCGUCCAGAAUUUUCCUGAACGGACUUAUAAGUCGAUGCUCACUCCACUUCUACAGGAAGAUAAGAGACUAGGUGAAGCAACCCGUAAAGGCUUCUACUUAUAUGAUGAUAGGCGAAAAGCUAGCCCUGAUCCUGAGUUGAAAAAGUAUGUUGAGAAAGCUAGGAGUAUAUCUGGUGUCUCUAUUGACCCUAAGCUUGUGAAGUUGCCGGAGAAGGACAUUGUGGAAAUGACAUUCUUACCUGUGGUGAAUGAGGCAUGCCGGGUUCUUGAUGAAGGCAUCGCUGUUAAGGCAGCCGACCUUGACAUAGCUUCCGUAAUGGGCAUGGGUUUCCCACCUUACAGGGGAGGCAUAAUGUUCUGGGCUGAUUCUCUUGGAUCCAAGUACAUAUAUUCGAGAUUGGAAGAAUGGUCGAAGCUGUAUGGAGGCUUCUUCAAGCCUUGCGCUUACUUGGCCAACAGGGCAGCCAGGGGAAUUCCCCUGGGUGCUCCAUCUGGGCAAGCAAAAUCUCGGAUGUGAGAUUUGAACUCGCUUGUUUGCAUCAGGAGAAGCUUUUCUCUUUCAGGUCUGUUGUUUCAAUAUGCGAUUCUCAGGAAUUCUUAAUAAUGUAAUUGUGGGGAAAGUUUGGGAUAGUGAGGAAGUAUCAGAGCUUUUAGUCCUAUGAAGGCACUGGUGUCUAAUAAUUAUGCAUAGCUUCAUCUCGAAUACGUUGUGUUCUUGACUGUUCCAUCCAUCCAAAUUUCGAGAUUGACCUUCUAGUUGGGUUUGUUGCA